UAUCAACUACAUAUAUCAAAUAUAAAAUAAAAUUCGUCGUAUGGUGUCGCAAAACUUAAAUUUGUUUGUGUAAACGGAAGUAUUGUAGAAUUGGUUGAAUGGCCCCCAAUAACAAUAUCUACUACGGUGUCGGCGCAAAAACCUACGGCGCUAGUCCCUAUCGCCGAAAUGCUGGUCACGAGCGUGGGCGCACCGGGAGGGCCAGUGCAAUCGUCUACCCGGAAUCGGUGCUCACGAGGGCAAGCACAUCCCAGAACCCAACACGCAGCCGGAUCGGAAUGCAGCUGCUGCGGGAACUGACGCAGACAUUGCCCACAAGCCCGUCACAGAUCUCCCCCAACACAAACGGGAGUCGCCGUCUGCGCCCCCGUACUUCCAGGGUGGAGCAGCAUGGACCGUCGCAGAUGGUGUUGAAUAGAACGAUGCCCCUGCAGUCAAGGACAGCGUUGGGGGGGAGGCCCAUGGCCGCGGGUAUACCCGUCAGAGAGGUGUCCGUCAAGGAGAGUUCAAGGAGGGUGAGGAUUAAGAACCAAGACAAAGAGUCGCAGGGGAGCAACUCCAUCUCCAUGAGCAACAUUAGUCCCAUGCGCAAAGCCUCGUCUAUGGCCCAGAGUACCCUAGCGCCUGUCAUCAUGGUAGCCGCCCUGGAAGAGCCGGAGCAGGAAGAGCCAGAGCCGGAUAAUGAGGACACAGUACAACAGGACGGGGAGCAGGCUGACGAACUUAACGAUGGAAACGAGUCGGUGGUGUCUGCUCCACAGGCAGAUCAGGCCGAUGAAGAGGAGUCCAUCGCCCAGCCCAUCGAUGAGGAUAAAGAACCGUCCGUUGCCUCUUAUCCACAGGCGGAGGAAGAAAACCCGCCCGCAGGCGCUGAAGAAAAGCCUGGAAAAACUGCCGAGUGCCAGCAGUUACCGAAGAUCUUUCCCUGCUUCCGUGGGGAGUAUCCCACGCGCAAUCGGGCUGCCCCUUAUCAGUGGUUCGAGCAAACCGGAUUCAAAGCACCUGGCCCAGGCACUGGCGCUAGCCCUGGCCCCGGCCCUGGCCCCGACCCAUGCCCUUGCACUGGCAACGAACUGGACGAGGGCGGGCAGAUGCCAGGCGAGGAAAAUAUUCUGACCACCUGCGAGGUGACCGAGGAGCAUUUUAUGAGCAUCGGUUGCGAUUGUGAUGAUAAGGCUUUGUGGUCGUCGGGGCAGGAGGCUCCCCAUUUUAUGGGUGGCCUGUUGGGAUCGGGCCAGGGACAGACGGCGUUCAGGAACAUGGCACCACAGCAACAGGGGCGACCGACAUGUAGAGAGCAGCAGGCACGGUCUAUGCCCCAGUACCAGUCAGCUGUUGUGCAGCAGCAACAGCAGGCGCCAAUGUUCCGAAGCUAUCCCAAUCAGAACCCGAGCAGCUGUGGCCUGACCGAAAUGCUUGCCCAGCAGCUCCACCAGCAGAUGCUGGAGGCCCAGGCCCAGAUAGCACAGGUACAGCAGCAGCUGAACAACGCCUGCGGCUCCACCCAGCCACAGCAGACAAAUCUGGCCGAUCAGAGUUGCAACGAAGAGCCAUAUUGGAUGUGUGAGGAUUUGGGAGAGGAUGUGGGUUGCGAUGAAUCGAAUUACACCACGGAGCAGUCUAUGAGCGCCUCAUGCUCUGGCAAGUGUCAAGAGCCUCAGCAGCAGCAGCAGCAGGAGGCGUUACAGGAGAAAGGAUCCUGUAUGUUGCUGCCCUCCCGUUCGUGUCCGCCGCCAGCACAGCCGGCACCGAGCUUUGCCGCGGCCGGUCAAGGUGGCCCUGGGAGAUUUUGCUACCAACAGCCGCAGCAACAGGAGCAAAUUCCUUGCCAACAGCGCCCUCCUUGUCAGCAGCAACAGCAGAAAUGUUCCACCGAGCAGUUUCCUUGCCGGCAGCAGCAGCAGCAGACACCGCCCCCUCCCUGCCAGCAACAGCAGUCAUCUCCAGCUGCCAGCCAGAUGCAGCAGCAACAACUGCUACUGCACAUCCUGCAGCAGCAACAAAAGCUG